UCAAGAUUAAAAUAAACCAUAAUUUUCACAUAAAAACGAAUAAUUAAAUAUUUUAUAACUGUGUCCAAAAUGCUAAUCCGAAAUAGCAUCUGAACUUGCCCCUGAGAUACAUAAAGUUGAGAUACAAAACUUCAGAAAUAAAAAUCCAAUUUAUGGCUCCUCGUCGCAACAAUAAUAUCAGCAGCAGCAGCGGAAACUCCACACAGCAGCAGCAGCACCUCCCCUCCCAGCAGCAGCAGCAGCAACAGUUGCAACAACACUUGCAACAGCAACAACAGUACUUUUCCACCGUUCUAAUGGCGCCCAUGCAGGGCAGUGCGGGUGGGGGUGGCGGUGGAGGUGUGGUACGUUGCUGCCUGCCCAGCGGUGAUUGUCGGAAGAUCGACUCGCUGAUCCACCUGACGGAGAUGUCCUUGGCGGAGUGUGUGCGAGUGCUGUGCAACAACGAGAACUGCACUGCGGGGCAGUAUAUGCAUCGGGAGUGCUUCGAGGUGUGGGAGGCGGGUGUCCUGCAGACGCUGAAGGCCAGCGGCAGGGCCCGGUCCUGGUCGGAGCGGCAGCGUGCCCUCCAUCUGUGGACCAAGAAGGGGUACGAGCUGGUGCACAAGGCCUGCAGUUGCAAGUGCGGACGCGGGCAGCUGCGCAAGGACCUCGAGUGGGUGGCACCACCACCCGCCACAAAUGGGGGCAUGGUCUACCUGAACGGCGGCAGUAGGGGCAUGAAUGGCAACAUCAGCGAGGAUGACGACAAAAAGAAGGCCAAGAAGAAGAGGAACCGCAACAACAACAACAACAAUUCCAACAACAACCAGGGAUCCCAGAACUCGCAGAAGACUCCACUGAGCAAUAAUAACGGUAAUACCUAUGGCAACGGAAUCGGAGGACUCACGCCGAAUCCCAAUGUGGGUGUUAUAGGAUCAGGACUCCCUCACAACAAUAACAACAACAGCAACACUGGCAACACCACGAAUGGCUCCUCGGUGGAGAUCCUGCAGCCCAGCGUGGUGGCCACCUUGAGCAACAUCCUCAAUCCCAACAAUGUCCUGGGCCUAGAUCUUCGUGCCCGUGCCGGCAGUCUCUCCUCCAGCGGUGCCGGCAGUGGCUCCACUUCCCCAUCGGCCUCCCAGUCGAGCGGUGAGAUCUCAGUAUCGCCGGUGCAGCAACUGUUGCAACAACAACAGCAGCAGCAGCAACAAUCCCUGCUCAUGCAGCCUCUGGGUCCUGGCUUUGGUGGCAAUCUGAUGCAGAAUGGAUUGGGACUCUCCAAGAACCUACUGAUCGCCCCGCUGCCACCCACUCUGCCCGCUAUGGCCAACGUCAGCAACUUUAAGCCACUGGCCAGCUACGAGCAGCAGCAACUCGUCCAGCAGCAGAAGAACAAGGAGGUCGAACUCUAUUCCGAGCGAGUCCGCUCCACAUCUGGUUGCAAUGGGAUCUUCUCACGUCGCCUGGACUUUUCUUCAUUCAACUUGCUGCCAAAGACGCGUUUAAAUUCUUAUCAAGUCAAGAUCGAGGACGAGGGCAACCAUGGCAAUGACGAGACACGCCUCUUCAUCCUUUCCUCCCUGGCCCAGUCGCAGAUGAGCCGGGUGGCCUGCAUUUUGUGUGAGGAGCCGCUGCUUGUUUUCGAUCGCUAUCCCCUGGUCGAUGGCUCCUUUUUCCUGAGUCCCAAGCAGCAUUCCAGUGGCUGCAUUGAGGUUAAAUACGAGGGACGCACUCUCUACUUGACCUGUGUUUGCAUGAGUUGCCUGGACGGAACCUCCAGCAGUCGCGUCAUCAACUGCAGAUUCUGCAAAGAGCCUUGGGAUGGUUCCAGCCUGGUUUUGGGAACCAUGUAUGCUUAUGAUAUUUUUGCGGCCAUGCCCUGUUGUGCCGAAAGGUUCAAGUGCAAUAAUUGCUUCAAAAUGCUGAUGCAUCCGCAGCAGCGUCUGAGCUUCUACAGUGAUUACUCGCAUGGUGUGACCUGUCCGUACUGCAACACCCAGGACACUCACUUCGUUAAGCCGCUGAGCUUCUGCUACGCCAAGAGCCCGGCGAACCGGCUGCCGACCCUCGCAUAACAUGAGGCCCCGUUGGAGUCGCCCGCUAACGGCACUGGUGCCGCCAAUCCCGCCCAGGGACAGGUGCCAGGCGCCCAGGGCACUCCAACGGCCUCCAAUGGUUCCAGCAGUUGCACUAGCAGCUCCUCGUCAGCGAUUUCCAAGCAACCGAAGCAAGUACUGUACAAUGCCGCCAUCGAUUAUUCGGCACCGUUGCAGCAGCACAUAAAUCCAGACUUGAUUGGAGCUCAUCCGCAUGCCCAGCAGCAUCAGCAGCAGGUGCGACAACAGCAGCCGACGCAGCAGCAGCAGCAACAGCAACAACCACAGCAGCAGCAGCAGCAACCACCACAACAACAGCAGCAGCAGCAGCAGCAGCCACAGCAACAACAACAGCAACCUGUGGUUUUCCAGAGAACCAUAAGCAGCAACUUCCAGCAACAGCCGCUUAAAACCAUAAACAUGAUGACCAUGGCGGAUGUGAUGGGCAAGUAUCAGCAGCAACAACGCCAUCAGCCCCAGCAACAUCCUGGCCAGCAGAAAGGACUAGAGAGCCUUUUAUUGACGAACAGCAACAGCAACAGCAACACAAACAUGAACAGCAGCAGCAGCAGCAGCAGUAUUAGUAACUUAAUCAUUAGCCAUAAUUCAGCAGCCAAUGGUGGCAAUCAGGGCGGCGGCAAGCAGAUGCCAGCAACCAACUGGCUGGCCAACCAAACCGACGCCAUCUCGGCUCUGUGGGGCUGCUCCAGCAGCAGCAGCGGCUGCUCCUCCGGCAGCGGAUCGCAGCCCUCGCUGAGUCCCACGGCCAGUAGUCACGGCAACGAGAGUUCCAAAAUGAUGUUAUGGGCAGCCCAGAGCUCACCCCAGGGCUUCAAGGAGUUGCAAGUGCAACAGUCGCAACAGCAGCAGCAGCCGGCGAUGCAACCGCAGCAUGCUGCCUCACCGACAGCCUCGCUGACCAGCACCAGCUCAUCCUCGAACGGAUGGAGUGCUGCCUCGCAUUAUGGAAAGCUGCCGGGUAACAUUUGGGAGCUGCCCGGAACUGGAGUAACUGCAACUGGGCAAAGGAUCCAGGCUCCCGGCCACGACAUCUUCACCGAUCUCCUGUGCAACCUGAGCAUCAGUCAUCAGGACAACAAUAGCCAACAGAGCAAAGCCAAUGCAGACGCCUCUUCGGACGUCAGUUCGAAUUCCUCCUCGUCGGCCGGCGAGCUCCUCGAAGCGGCCAAUAUCUGGGGCCGUCCACUGUACGGAAAUAAUCUGUAUCCCGAGGAGGCCACCGGAGGAGCUGCAGCCUGCAUGCAGCUCUUCAACGACUAUCUCAACAUGAAUUAAGCAGAAAAAAGGAUCGUUUAAGGACCUGCAGCAUUUGUUACUCUAGCUAAAUUUUAAAAUCAGAAACUAAAAACGAAAAAAGAGUAAGCAGGAAGUUUUUAUACACCAAGCCGAUAUAUACAUAUAUAUAUCCAGAGAAUGCUUGUAUUUAGAUUUAAUACACCAUUUGAUUCUUAUACAAAAAACAGACUCACACUCACACACACACAUACACAUCUACACCGAGAAAAAACAAUGCAAACUAAAAAAAAAUUUCUUGUUAUUUUGUUGAGUUUUUUUUUUAGUUUUUUGUUUAUCUUACAUCUUACGCAAACAAAAGCAAUUUUUAGUUUUUAUUUUAAAGAAAUUUUUUUUAUACAUUUUUACCAAAAAAAAAAACAAACAAAAUGAAACGUAAAAGCAAAAAAAAAACGGGAAAAAAGUAAAUUAAGGACUAAAGAAGGAGAGACAAACAAAAAAAGAAACGGAAACAUUUACAUCACGAAGAGGGAAAAUUUUAUUUAGCGAAAAUUGAAGGCAGGGCAUUAAAAUGUUUCAUAAAAAAAACAAAUCAUGAUAAUUGCUGUGCUGCUCAAUAACAUAAAAAACACAAAAAACGAUGAAAAUUAGGAGAUGGAAGGAGUAGAGUAGACGAGUGUUACGAGGGAGACAUUUGAAACAUUUGCUACAAUUUAUGAAACGUAAAAUUACAAAAAAAACCCUAAAACCUAAA